AGUACCUCGCGCGCCGACCCUCGUCACCGGAAGUGCGACGCUUGCAUCUGUUGUGAGAAAAUGCCUCACCAGCCAAAACAGUUGUGAAUGUAUCCAUAUGUGAACAUAUUAAAAGUUUGACGACAAACGUAUCAAAAAGAACAACUAGAAGAAGGCUGGAAAAGUGAAAUCAAAAAAUCUAUCAGGAGUCCCGAAGCCUUCUGCCCACCACUCCUCAUCAACAUGCCUGCUCUGUUGGAGAGACCCAAACUGUCCAAUGCGAUGGCCAGAGCCCUCCACAAGCACAUCAUGAGAGAGAGGGAGCGCAAAAGACAGGAGGAAGAAGAGGUGGACAAGAUGAUGGAACAAAAGAUGAAAGAAGAAGAGGAAAGGAAAAGGAAGAAGGAGAUGGAGGAGAGAAUGUCUUUGGAGGAGACAAAAGAACAGAUCAUGAAGAUGGGAGAUAAACUGCAGGGGCUGCAGGAGGAGAAGCACCAGCUCUUCCUCCAGCUGAAGAAAGUGCUCCACGAGGAGGAGAAGCGACGCAGGAAGGAGCAGAGUGACAUGACAACUCUGACCUCUGCAAGCUACCAGCCCAGCAUGCCCAUUCACUCAGGACAGCACUUGCUGAGCAUGCAAGGCAGUCCAGUCAGCCAUGGUCGGCCUGGUGCUCUUUUAGGGGAGCGAAGUAAGCAAUUGUUCCAGGCCCCUGUAAUCUCGGGGCGGCACUUCCAGACCCAGCCUGGCUUCACUACAGGAACCCCUGAACAUGGGCAGUUCUCCUCCAGUCAGUCAGCACAUGGGCCCUAUGGUGUCACUCAGUCACAGCACGCCUCCCACUAUGCGACAACUCAGUCUGUGCCAGUCAGCUAUGCAGGCAGCUCCCAACUGAGAGGAACAUCAGCAUUUCACACCAUGCAGUACCUUCCUCACCAGCAACAAGGCUAUGCCGUUCACAGUCACUUCACCUCUCAGUCCGGGUUUAUUCCCAGUGCUGGGAUACCACUCCAGAAGCAGUUGGAACAUGCCAACCAACAGUCUGGAUUUACUGACUCGAGCACCCUGAGGCCCAUGCACCCCCAGGCUCUCCACCCUACUGCCGCUGGCCUCAUGCCCUCUUCAUCCAUCGCUGUCCAGAUCCCUGCUGCCAAGUCCGGCUUGCCAUACGCUCACCCAUCCCGUCCUGCGUCUCCUGGGAGUUUCACUCAUGGAACCCCACCUCAACAAGCCCAUGCGACCUCUUUCCAGAGCUCUCCUCAGCCUGCCCCUCGUCAUGCCUACCUCUCUCACACCCAAACAGGACAGAGGUUCUAUCACCAUAGCAAGUAACUAAGGUUACCAACCACCAGUCCAGAGGAAGCAACCUCUUAUCAGAGAUUUCCAUUUCUUCUUGAGGCAGAUUGGAUAAAACAGUUCUGUGCUUUUGGAUGGAAAGGACAACCACUAGAAUGAACAGAAUGAAAGUAAUGUGCUUAAUGUUUUAUCGUGCACAGUGAACUGUUUCAUGCCACUUGAAUGCGUUUCAUUGGAGGCAUUUUGCAUGCACAUACAAUAUUUUAGAUUAUUCUCAAAAUAUUUUAAUGGUUUAAUGGAAAUAUUCAACCACAUUUAGUUGUGUUAACUCCACCUCACAGUUUGUUUGUAUUUUAUGACCGGUAACAAUCUUUAUUCUAUCCGUUCGACUGUUACUCCUCCAGUGGCAGAACCUUUGAGAAUUCAGUUGAACUUAAUAAAAAAAAUUAUAAAAACUG